AUGAGCGACUUUCCAGGCGAGGCCGGCGCGCACGUUCCUUCCUCGGAGGGUUCGCCGGAGGCGCCAAGGCACGCAGGAUGCCCGCCUUCCAGACAAAUAGGCGCGCCUACGGCUGGCCUCUCCUUCAGCGGUGCGAUCCCCUCUCCAUUCCCGGCGACUUCCGCCGCAUUUUCGUUCACUCGUAAAGAGAAGGUUUUCGAGGGAAUACGCACGCCGAGGGAACACAGCAAAGCUACAGACGGCGUACACGUCUACACACCUUUCAGUCGUGAACGGGCGACGCUGGACGUUGACGGAAGCUCGGCCUUCGCUUCCGAAGACGAUGAUGUCACUCCGCUUCACCAGGCUGCGUCGCUGGGCGCUUUCGGGCGACGUGACAUGCCUGGUUUGUCCGACCUCCCUCACGAGCAUGAAAUCGGCCAUGGAACGUUUACAGUUCCGCACCGGCUGCGAAAGCGGGCGCUCUCCAUCGCAGCCGCUGGCAUGGUCACAGCGGAGGAGAGGAACCAUAGCGCAGAGAGUUUAACAGAGCAGCCGCCUGGCCGCAACAAUGGAUGGGGCAGACGUCGCUUUCAGAGUGAAUGCUAUGCUGCGGACUGUUUUCCGCAGUUCCGCCCCCCAAGCUCUGCAGGUUUGCCUUCGUCAGACGGAGAGCCGCGACGUGGCGCCGCGGCCGAUCCUCUUCCAGGUGCGCCGGCGGCUUUUUUUAAGCCGAACGUUUUUCGUCUGAGGAGCCCCAUGCCAGUCGGCACCCGGCCAGAGGCAAAACCGGAGAGAACCACAAGGGCACCAGUGUUCAGCCGCUACGUAUCUCAACGAACUUCCCCGUUUCCUUUUGUCGCGAACCGACGAGGAAAGCUGCGGUGUCGGAAUGAGCCCCUCCCGCCACGCGCUAUUCGGGAGCAGCUGCAUGUCCUACGUCGCCUGUUUCGCCGGAUCACACACGUGAUCAGGCAUACCACAUUUGCGUGGCACGAGGAAGACGAAGACUCUCUAUUAGGUGACAACACGUCGGAGGCCGGUGAACGGAAAGAGAGCCGUUGCAGCGACAGCAAGCUGGCAUGUCGGAAUGCAUCGGGCAGGCGUACGGAACAGCCGACCUUCGAACAGUAUUACAGCCUUUCUGAGGUGAGUGGCUCGGGCCGAACGUGCCGGAGUUGGAGCGCAGGCGAGCUCGACGGCCCCGUCAAGGUUGCAGAGGUGCCGACGACCCCGAACGCGGGAGCGUCGGGAGGCGGAUCCGCACGCAUGGUGGUGACCGAGACGGAAGAGACGUUUGAAGACGACGGGGUCCUGACGGAGGACGUCCCCGAUCAAGACCGUGUCACCUCCCCUAGCGUCUGGUCCCGCUGGCCGCGAAACGAAGUGCCCAGCGACGAGAAGGACCCGACGCAGCGCUCUCGCGAGGUGCUGUUUUCGGCCCAGAGAUCCGGCAGCUUUGGAGUUGACCGGUGGGAGGAGAGCAGGAGAAGGGACGGGGAAUUUGACCUGUGCUGCCUUCUUCGGAGGCUCGUCACUGUGCUCCAGCAGAGAGGGACGGGCGCGGCCAAAGACGAUCUGCGCGGAAAGGAACGACGAACCCGCAGUUGGCUAGUCGGAGCAGACUCCAGGGCCUUGCCAGCCCCGAAUAUGUACGCCUAUCCGGAUUCGGGUGAAGAAGAGUGGCAGACGCCGACGGCGCGAGGUCGCCCGGAAGCCAGAAGUUCGUCGUGCCCGGUCUCUGCUCUGGACCUUCUUCCUUUGUCGUUUAUCAGGACUCUGCGUCUCCUUCUUGUUCAUCCAGAGCCGCACUGCCGCGUCCUCGCCAUCGAAGCUUGCACGACUUUACUGACCUCUGCAGUGCAGCACAGGCGGUUUGCCUCGCUUCUGGUUCCGAAUAUAAUCGCGAAGGCUCUGCUUCGAGAGCCCGAGGCUCUGUCGUAUUCGUGCUUCGAGCAGCCACAGAGAGGUGGUGUUUGCCCCUUUCACACAGGGCGACUCGCGCCGGACCGGCGAUGGCCCCCCGAACUGCAUGCAUCCCUCCCCUGCUCGGGAUUCGCCUCGUCUGCUGGGCCCGACUGCGGGGACGAGACUGAGGCAGCCGCAGCGUCAGCGACCGGCUCCGGCGCGGUGUACUUCGAGCGCGAAGCAGCCCUCACGUUCGUCAGGGUUUGGACCGCUUUAGGCCGUGGUGCAUCCCGCUCUUCGGAUGGGAGGAGAGUCGCCGCGUCUUCGCUGCAGCCGUGCGGAGCACCCUACUGUCGGUGUGUUGAUCUCGAUCUGUUCACACGCCCUCUUCUCCCGGAUGUUUUUGUCUACACGGUCACCUCAAUGGCUGCUGCCACCGAGGACGCCGACGCGAAUGUGGCGGUCGGCGCGCAACCUGGAGCCCAUUUCCGCGCCUCCAGCACGGGGAGAAGUUCAGGCAGGCACAUGGCGCAUCCACAUGCUGCGCCAAACAGAGCAAUUGCACCGCGCCUUGGGGAGCCGGCGGGAAGGGCGUUUGAGGGAAAGCCCCACCACGGCGCUGGGGCCGGAGACGGCCAGCGCGCUGAGGACACCAGAGGCAGCCACGAAGGGCGGAGUCGGUGGGAGUCGACCUGUGCAUCCGCAGCCAUGCAGUGGAGGGUGGCGUGCUUGGAAACAGUCUUGGGCUUUGGCCUUCUCUGCCCGUGUAUCCUGGUGGAGACGCGAACUACCGGGGUUCUCGUGGACGCACUCACUGACGUAGAGGCUCAGGCGUACAACCCCGGAUUAGGCCCCGCGAUAUGCGUCUUCCUCAUUGCCCUUCUCUCCCAUCGGUACCCGCAAAAGCUCGCAGAGGACUCUCCGCCGUCGCCAGCCGUCGCCGGCACGCCCCGCUUGGCUUGCCAGACGAUUUCGCCGUUCGGCGCAGGGCGUGGGGCGCCGUCGACAUUGAGAGAACAGUUCUCCGCGUGCACGUACGGAGCAGCCGGGGGCACGUCCCCCGGACAGGCUUGGCAAAGACGUGAUGUGGACUCCGCACGGAAAACAGUCGUGGAAGAUCGGUGCGUGUGCGGUCGGCCGCUUUCCUCGUCGUCCCGGCUUCAGCUCGAGCAAACGUACAUAACGGAGCUGUCGCGCCUGUGCGGCGUCGCCAUCGAGAUUGUGCAGGCCUGCUCGUCUCCCGGAUCUGUCGCGGCUGCUGCCGGGGGCCGAACAGGCGCCGGACGUGGGGCUGUCCCUGGCGAGCCUGCGCGGCGACACCAAACGGCGCCGGGUCCGGUGUUUCAACCGCGCAGGUCAUCUGGGGCAGCCGAGGGGCCUACUAGAGGGUCGGGCGCGGGGGCGAGGGCGACUAGCAAGGCGCCGGAAGGUUUCGCCGCAGCGCGCGCCUGCACGAGACCCAACGUUGCGCCCGCAGCGAACUUUUUACCAAGCGGCUUUAGGUCCGCUCUCCGGCUGUACCGACGCUGGAUCUUGGUCUCCUCCGCUCUGUUGUGUCUAUCCCAGUCCUUCUCGACGCUGAUGGCGCUCUGGCGCCUGCCGACGGGGCUGCCGUCUCUGGUGAGGCUUCUCGCCAGCCCCAUCGAUCCUUGCGCCAUGUGUUGGAUUUUGCGCCUUUUCCACGCCAUGCUAUCGUAUGCAGUCGGCUGUCAGGGUCGCCGUAUGACGCUGGCCGAGUGCGACAGCCUAAGCAACUGCCAAAUCGAUAGAUCUGCGGCUGCAUGCGUUUGUCCAAAACGCACAGGCGACAGGAGCAGAGAAAGUGGGUCAGCGCGCCGCGAUCCAACGAGGUCUUCCCUGGCACGAGAGCCUGCCGGGAUAGACGCUCUCAUACGCCGACGUUUCACGUCGGGCAGAGAGGACGAACGGCCGUUCUCCUGUCCCUGGGCAUCUGACAGCGGACCCAGGUCGCCUUUCUCUGGCCCGUCGAGCCCCCGACGGCGAGCUGACUUGUCGGGCCUGUACUUCAGUCCGUUCGGGCUGCGCGGCCGAACCACCUACACGCCGCCGCUCUCUGGCGCGGACCCUUUCGUUUCGGGGUCGGCUGCGUCUGCUGACUACGGCAGCCACGACUGGCCCGAAGAUUCCGACCCGACGAAGAACGCAUAUGGAGACGUGGCUUUCCCGUUUGCGAGUGCCGCGGAGGCUCCGGACAGAGCUGCGCACAGGAGCAGGCCCCCAGGAUGUGCGCCCUUCCGUUGUGCCUCCUCUGCGAACCAGCCCGUGACGAGAGAUAUUGUUGAGACGCGCUCGCUUCUUGUGGCGCGUCUCAUGCUGCAUGCACAACUGCAUGUAGUCCUUGCAGGCCUUUGCUCGCUUCGCGAUGACCACCAUCGCCGUACGGCUGAUACACCGUGCUUGAUUCCUGUCAUUCCCUCCGAUGUGCAGUUCGUGCCGGAGACUCUAAAGAUCGACGUUCACGGGGUGACUGAAUUGUCUUCGUCCUUCGCGAAAUGCCUCCUCUGUGCCGAGCGGGGCCCGGCCCCAAGGGGAUUCUCGGGAUGGUCUAGCAACAAGACAGGCAUCCUCUCUGCGGCCCCACCACGAGCCUGCCAGCAGCGGACCCCGAAGGACGUUGCAGUCGACACGCGGCUCCCCGGAUCCACAUUGCAAAAUUUCAUCCCUUUUGCCGCCAUAGUGCGGACUGAAGCAGCGCACCUACUGUAUGCGCUGGUCCACACAGUCGCAGCCUUCUUUCCGUUGCACCUGCUUCGCCACAAGUUGGACGCCGAAACAGUCUUCCGCCAGCUACGGCCUCCACCGCCUGCGGGACCGGCUCAGUGCGCCUGGGUGGACCGCGAGCCGUCCGCUCGAGCUCGCGCGCUGAGCAGCCAAGCUGCACAGCCUUUGCAUGCGCAGUCGCAAGAAUUCUACCGGGGGGCUCCUGUCGACGCCGUUCCUUCCUCACUUCACUCCAGGUGGCGGCAAACGGGCGAGCGCGGACCGCAAGGAGGCGCCCGCGACAGACUGCCGCACAACAGGCGCGGGGGACAGGGUUGGAACGAGCUGCGCCGGGCCACGAAUUUCGGAGACGACUUGCGACUGCGACGACCUUUCAGCGAGAACUACCAGGCGAACACGUGGUCGGAAAUUGCGUCGCGAUCUGUCCACAACGUUGCCUUUUCUGACCACAUGUCCCUAGCCACGCUGUCCGACUCCACUGCGCGGGGUGAACAGUCUUCGGCCUCUGUGUGGCAGGGACCGAGAACGUAUCAUCGGGUCUUGGCCUCUUGCUUCAAGAGGGGUUCUGACUCGACCAGCCUGAGCGUGAUUUCGACGCUGUCGCUCCUGCACUUUGUAGCAGCCCCGCCUGUGCGCUGUGGACUCCGCUCGCUCAUCGCCGGUGGCAAACUGGUAUGCAAAAGCGAAGGCACCGGCAUCUACGGCUCACUGCGCCUUCUUCUGCGAUACGGGAACCGCGCCGACGCACAGGCUCCACAGUGUCACACGGCGGACAGCGUACUAGCGGAGCACGCCUGCGAACAAACGCCUCUGGAGGACUUGGCGCCCUCGGCGUUUGACGAAGACGCGCCCGUCGGAGAGAUGGACGCGGGACGGACCGCCUUCAGCGGUCCCCAGCAUCCAGACGGUGCCCUGCAAGAUCCGCGUGCGGGCGUCAGAGACCCAGCGAGCCUUCCGGCGUUGAACGAGAACGGCGUGUUGGCGGCUAACAGCGCCGAGGUCGGCUGCGCCCUCCAGCCCUUCACCGGGCCUUCUUUCGUUGAAGAUCCGUACCCACACCUGGAAUCCGAGAGAGGCAAGCUUUCUGAGUGUGCGAAUCACAGCGUAACGACGCGAAUGACAGGCUGCCAGCAAAAACGGUCAUGUCCGUCCCCGUCAUCGGAAGCAAGCGCUUUUUACGAUCGGCGUGGGCCAUCGAUUCGCGGCUUCUCGACGUCUUCUUGCCAGAUUCAAGAGGAGGUUCUUCGGCGGCUGAUGGUGUUGCAUGAAGAAGAAGAAGGACAGUUGCAACACGGGGGAAGCUGCCCGACGCUCCAGAUGCUCAGCGACGUCGUCCCGUUUAUCUUCGGAGACAGCGCUCGCAUCGGGCUUGCUCACAGAAUCGAAGUAUGCUGGCACGCGGCGCCAUGCAUGCCAAUGGUGCUUCCGCGCCGAUCGCUUUCGGGAGGACCUGCAAGUCUUUCGCCCCCGUUCGCGAUCUCCGACGCCCGUCCUAGCGGCAAGGUGGUGCCUGAGUGCGUCGAUGUCUCAGGGCGAACUACAGGGUCACGCGUCCCCGGUUCCGCUCUUUUCUCUGUGGCACCACUGCCGAAGCUGUCUCUCGGGUCUGGCGUGAAUCAGGCGAACUUGCAGGAGGAAACAGUCAGGAAUAUCGACACAGGGCGUGGCAGCAAGCGUCAGGAUUCAGCGGGGGCGGCCUCCCUCGCGCAGCCAGCGGGCUGGCCAACUGCUUCACGCGGUCCCCUCCCGGACGCCCACUUCUCCACCCCGAGCGCUUCCUCGAUGUCGGCCUUAAUCGAGCUGAUGAACGCUACGGGGGUUUUGAAGUACUCCGUUGAGAGUGCUGGCCUCUGGGAUUGGCAACUGAUCUCGCGUCUCCUGUUUGGCCCUCUGGUGUCGCAUCUGCGCUUCCUGGUAGCCUUCUCGGCAGACCUGACCCGGGUUUUCGAAGUGUUUCUUCAACAGGUUCUUGCCUUUUUCUUGCCGUCGUCAUGCGGCUUCGCCUGCUUGCCGUGGGACAUGGACAACCUUCACUUUCUGCUGAUUGCAAACGCCCUUGUGUCCCUCCUCCUCAUCGUUCCGCACAACGCUCUCACCCUCUCGCUCCCGCUGUCUUCUUCUCUGUCGACCGUGCAAAUGCUUCGGCUUUGCGAGAAGCCGCCCCAGGGGCCGCGGGCUCCUUCCUGGUGUCAGGGAAACAGGCGGCUACGGUCAGUCAUGCCGCGGAUCGCAUGCACGCCAGUCGACAAGGGCCAGACCGAGCGGAGGCAAGUCUCCGAGCAGGAAGCGGCGCAUCGAGCUCAGCCUUUGGUAGGUCGCCGCGCCUCCUACUCCCCGGGUUCGUUUCACCGAGCGGAGUCGGCAACUGGGAGGCCGGUCGGGCUCCGCACAGCGUCGCAGUCGGAUGCGGGGCCUUCGGGAGGUCUGUCGGGCAGCCAGAGCAAAACGCCAGUUGGUGCGGCGAAGCGAGGGGCUCCCGAUGAAGAGACGGGCGCUGGGCUUUGUGGUCGGCGGGCGCUGCUGAUGGAGAUUGCAGGACUUUUGCUGCAGGAACUGCUCCUGCCUCCCCACGUCAGUCCCGCGUCUGCGUGCCGCUGCUCUUCCUUGUGCACGUCGCUCUCCACUCCGCACAUGUCUCGGUUUUCUCAAGGCCCUCUGGCCGGGGCUGCCUUCCCCCAGACCGUGGAGGAAGGAAGGGAGAUCCGGACUCCUGCUGACACCGCCUUGCGUUCUGGUGCACCUCGAGGGAAUCAAACUGGACAAGGCAGCGAAGACGGGAACCUGAGUUCCAGCACGGACGGCCCAGAGCCUCAGGAGCAACACGCAGGUGGCGGGGGAAGCCCGGAGAUUCUUGAGCGGUCGCGUGGUGUCGAUGCACGCGGGCAGAGUGUGGAGGCCAAACAAGGACGGCGGCCAGACUUGGAACGAGGUUGGGAGAACCGCACGAAGCGCUUGGACGGGAAGCCGGCAAGGGAGACGAGUCCACUGACGCUGGCCUCGCGCAUCCCUCUCGUCGAGAAGACUCUGUCGUUCGCCGUUGCCGCCGACACGUCCAUCGUGAGGCUGCGAGGCAAACGCCUCGUGUAUCAUGUCCACAUGCGAACAGCUGAGCAACUUCCUACCCGACUGGCGAAGCCGAGGGGAGGCAAUCAGGCAUCGGGUACGGGGCUGCAGUCGUCAGGCCACCACACGGCGGCGGGAGCGCGACAACCAGAUAAAAGCGGAAAAGGCCAGGCUCGACCUUGUGCCUCUAGCUCGUCUCACGUCUGCAGUGCCGACCGUCCCGGUGUCGGGAGGGAGCCGCCGCCAUCGCCUUCCGUUCGGAACGAACAGCUGCGACUCGCGGCAGUCCUGCCCCGUGUCCUGGCAGACCACCACACUCGGCGGACCUUGUCAGGGCAGUAUGGGGCGAUUGUGGGUACGUUUUCGGCCUCGCUGGAGGGCGUGAUUCAGCUCUCGAGAGCAGGGAUUUUCGCGCUCCUCAUCCAGCUGAUUGAUCAGGGGCCGGCAAAAGACGCGCUCGUGGGCCACUUUUUCCCCCAUCUCUGCUUAGAUUUUGUCCCGGCGCGACGCGUGCUCAGCAGGAUUCUUAGUCGCGGCUCUCUCUUUCUGAGGCUCCGCUGUCUAGCUUACUGGCAGCGGCAGAUUCUCGACGACGGUGCGCGAGCGGAUGACGCAGUGUGCGUUGCCGGAGACCAGGCUGGUCUCGACGUAGGCCUCGUCAGACGCCACGGAGAGCCGACAGAGACGUUUCGGAGUCAAUCGCCAAAGGCACAAGAAGGCAAUGGCCGACGGCGGAGCGGCACCAGAGACUCUUGCCGCCCAGGGAGACGGGAGGCAGUUGGAGCGUCGCUGGGUGACCAGCGAAGGAGCGAAAGUGAGAUCUCGCAGCCGCAACAUCCAGGCAGCGAUUCGGACGAUGCGUGUGCGCCGUCCUCUUCAGGCAGCAACGCUAGCCUCUUUGCGAAAACUCCCCGGUGGGCGUGGCAACUCCAGGAGGUGAUUCUCAAGUGUUUAGGCACGAACCAGCCAGCCCUUCUCCGCAGCGAGGCGAUACGAAUCGUAACGAUUGUGUGUCGUCGGAAGACUCGCCGCGCUGUGCGAGUCAUUUUAAACCUUAUGGAAACGGGAAAAGUGUCCAUUGAAAGCUGGCCGCGAGUGCUUCAGCUACAACUGCUCAGGGCUGACGAUGGCGUCCAGACGGGAACGAGAGACGGCUGGGUGCACCGUCUCCUAAAUGAGUACAUAGCAGCAGCUCAUGGCGAUGGCGUCGAACGCCCGCAUUGCUGGGAAGCCGCUAGCUCAGUAGGACGGAAGCACGCCGGGAGAGACGAGACCUCGGAGGAGCCGGAGUCUCAGCAGCGGCCGACGCGCAAUAGCGAAUCGGAGAACCGGCUACCCGUGCAGGAGCCGGUGUGCGAGGAAGUACGAGCGAGAGGUUCGGGGGCAGAGAUACACCAUUUCGGCCCCCUGACCGGAAUGCGGGGUUCAAACUGCGGGAGCGUUCCGCGUGUGACGUUGCGAAGCCAAACACCUCUGAAACGAUUCGUCUACGUUCGGCUCAUGGAGCACCUCAUGACAAAGGUUUCCAAUUUGCCGGAAAUUUGGGAAACGCGCAUGCUGGGGUCAAAGGCCGUUGAUCUGGACCUCUCUGUCCCCGCUGCCUCUUCGCCUGGGCUCCACCGUCCGCCCCCUCUGGGUCAAAGUGGCGGCGUCCCGGCGGCUUCUGCCUUUGCGGGUUACCCUGACGCUUGGGCCUGGAGUCGCACACAUCCGAGAGGGAAGCCUGCGCCGCCGCACUUCCCACCGCUUCAGGCAGAGUUAGACCCUGGACACGUUGAGAAGCUGGUUUACGUUCCAGGGUCGGCGCUUUCGCCAGGUGUUCAGCCGACUGGAAACGACGCCCAUUCCCGCGUGCCGUGGAUUUUCCAUUUGCUCCAGCGGGAAGAGGCGGCGGGAAGCGCCAUCGCGCCUGUUCGCGGGCUGCCUGUCAGUGAGGAAUCACGAAGGUGCGCAGACGGGAAGGGGAGACGUGGCUCUGCGUCAACUGCCCAGUCAGUCGUUGAGGCCGCGUUCGCGCAGCUGGACGCCAACGUUGUCGUGCCCGGAGUUGCCGGAGCGAUCCGGUUUCGACGAGGCACGAUGAGAAAAGGCGGCGGCGGUCCGGGAUGCACGUGGAUGUCCCACGUGCCUUGUCAGUUGCAGGUGCAAUUGGUGGCAAUCUUGGAGUCGAGGAGGCAGGCCGCGCAGCUGCGUCGCACAGGAGGGGGAAGCAAUGCAAAGGGAGAGGCGACUGUGGGAGAGAGAAACGGGGAGGAAGGCGAAGACAGUGGGGGCCUAGGGAAAAACAGCGGUGAAGGCCGACGUACAGGAGCCAGCGUCCGUUGCGCAGAGGGUUUGUUGGGCGAUCAGGCUGAGAGAUUGAGAAACGGUUGGAGGGGAGGCGCCACGCCGGUGAGAGGCGAUGCCGUGGACGAAGAGGACGAAGAUGAGAGGGUGGCGGCGAUCAUUCGUGAGAAAGGAGUUCGUAUUGCGUUAGAGGAAGGGUUUGUCAGUGAGGAGGCAGUCACCGCGAGAAUGUGGAUUGUUGAGCAGUUCCCCCUCGACGGAAUGGUUUUCGCAGACUCCGUCUCAGCCGCUCAGCGGGCCGCCAUGCGCCAUGUUUGUACGUCCUCUUCUGUCUGUUCUGUUUCUCCUGUCCCCUUGUCGCGCCGUGGUUCUUUUGCCUCUUCGUCGGCGUCUUGGCGUGAAGUCCCGGGGACAUUUUCCAGUGUUAGGGAUGACCACUCCAACGCCUCUACUGGACUGUCGUUCCCCGAAGCUUCCUCAGACGGGCCGUCGGACAGGCAGUCCCGGGCGGGAAUGAGCGAGGCGUCCAGCACCGCAGCAGAGCAGGUGAACCCCUCCGCGAGGCAGGAGCAACGGCAAGGGCGGGCGUCGGCUCUGGAUGGUCUUGUCGACUUAUCUCACAUAGAGGAGUCGUACUCUCUGGUCAGUUUGGGCAACCAAGAGCACCGAAUCCCCGUGCGCAAAUUCCUGGUCCCGCGUCGCCUUCUCAGUGACCGGUCCACCCGGGCUGACACCGCACAGGCUCACGUCGAGGGGAGGGCGUCACGCAGUCGGCCUCCGAGCCGCACGAAAGAAGACGCUGACUCUGGGAAUGGAGAGCCGUUGUCUCCUUUCCUCGACGUGGCGUUGCGCGUUCGCGUUGUUGCUGGUGGCGCGUACGCCGACAGGACAGGUCGCUUUCAGCGAAACGCGGAGAGGGCAGCUUGGGAAUACCUGUCGCGAACGGAGCAGACGGCGAGUAUCUGGGAACAAAUGAAAAACCGCGGAACGGCUGCGGCCUCUGACGGCGGACCUCCACCUUCGGCGCGAACCGCGUCACCACAGCCGGGCAGCGUCCAGUGCGGGCUGCUAGAGGUUAACCAGGAAAACGAUGCCGCUUCCUUAACGAGUGCGCCGGAAGGCGAACACCGCCAUCGGGGUGAACUGCGCAGAGCGAAGGACGAAGAGCGCCGGCGAAGAACCUUGUGGAAUUCCAUUGGACCCCGCUGCUUGACUUUCAACAUGGAGUCCUUCCUUCCUCCAGAGGGAGACGAUGGGGCGCGUCGGUGGCGAGACAGCCACCAAGAGAGAGCGGCUUGCCCACCGCAGGAAGCGUCCACGCUGGGACCCGUGGUGUUGUGUACUGGGAAUUUCCGUUGGGUUUUCUGCAUGCAUCGGCAGCCGGAACAAGACAGACGGGAUUUCACCGAUUUCGGCGUGUUUCGCCGACGCUGGGAACACGAGCUAUACAUGUUACAUCUCGUGAGGCUCCACGGCCCCAUCGUCGUGCCACGCGCCAGGCGCGUUGCCGCGGCACCGCCUCCCUCCAUCAUUUCGUACCUCGCUCUAAGCCAUUCAGGCUGCCGGGUCCUGCUCAAUCACCCGACGUUCCUGCCCUACUUGGAGUCGGUCCUUCGGCGGCCGAGCCGCGUCAAGCCUGCAGAGGUGUGCGCCGCGAUCUGGUCCGUCUGUCAGAUGGCCUCGACGUCCCUGGGAAACGAGUACCUCCUCGAGUACGACAGGCAAAAGGAGCGACGCCGCAAAAACGCCAAGGCGUCCGCCUCGCGCCCACAAGGGGGUGACCGCGAAACGCCCAUGAACGCCAGUGUCCGUUCCGGGCAUGUGCCGGGACAGGCGCAAGGAGGCCCGGAGGGAGGAGGGAACUCUGGUGACGCCUGUCGACGUGAGACCCGAGACUUAAGGUUGCAUGGUGCAGGUACCGAACCUAAAGCGGGCGCUGGCCAGGGGAGCUCCCCUGCACAUCCGUAUGUCGUUCCGGAGGCAGAAGAGGGACGCUGUGAACGUGACCGGAGAGAAAAUCAGUCUGACCCACCGAGCUGUACCGACGGCGAGCUGGAGUUGCCGAGGUCCGUCAACGGGGAGGUGAAAAGUGGAGAGGGGCGCGGGAAACACGAACCUAAUCUGGCUCGACUGGAAGCCCCCGACAGUCGCGACGAGAUGAGCAAACAGGAGACUGUUGCUCGCCUGGGACACUGCGAAAGGGAUUCAUCUCCCGAGGUGGUGAACAAACAUGAAGAGGAAAGCACUGUGAGCAGCAGCGCACUGCUACGGCUGGUGAUGCGAAUCGCAUGCCGCGGCACUCCGCCCUGCAUCCGAAGCACGUGCCUCCACGCGCUGUCUCUGGUCCCGGUGUGCGAGCCUGCGGAGAACGCUGCGGCCGCGACUCACUGGGAUCUCGCAGCCAGGGGACCUGUGCAGGAGCGUCUGUUUGAAUUUCUGGCUGGAGUCGCAACAGGUUCGGAAGAAGACACGACCGACACGGAAGGCGAGUGCAGCGCUUCGGGCAGAACGGGCGGACAGGCCGAAAAAGAAAAGCAAGGCCGUUCAAACACCGAGCACAGACCCCUCGCACGCCUUGGGAAUGGGAGCGGAGCGUGCACGUCUGGGAAGAAGGAGGCAGAGGCGGCGGAAGUGCAAGACCACUGGAUCGUCCUGGGGAAGUUGGUUUGGGCUCCGCCGUUCAACCCCCCGGUCCCACAAGAUGGCCGCAGAUAUUCUUCGCUUUUCUCCCUGGAGAAGGCGAGAGGCUGCCUCCCAAGCAGCUCUCAGGCGGGGGGCGGAGGGACUCCGAGGACGUCGAUCAGCGCGACACGGACGCCGCGCAGACGAAGCAAGCAGGAAAUCCUCCAAAGGCUCGAAGAGAGUCAGAAAGGAGACACGUGCCUACGCGAUCUAACUGUCGAGGGAGGCAGUCGUUCCUCGUCCGUCCGCGAGGACAGCCUACAAGAUAGUUUUUCUUCAGCCCUCAACUCGCAAGACUUGCCGUACACUGGAGGUCCCCCGAGGAAAGCUCUGGCGCGAAUCGAGGAAACCGCGUGGACCCUCUCGGACGAGUCCCUUCGGCCGUCGUACGCGUGCUUUGGCAGCCAACAUUGGUCUAUCUUGGAGAUGAUUUCCAAGUUGCCGAACUCAGUUGCUGUUCGCAUCAGCGGUUUGAUAUCGCACCUUCAGUCUAUCAAACAGAGGAACCCCUCGCUUUUUCUAUCGGUUGAGCUUUGGUGGCGAGUGGAGCAACUGAUGUGCCUUUACUGCUUCUCUGCUCACCUAAGGCGAUUCGUUGCGUCACUUUUCGGCGAGACGUUGAACGAUCCCACCGCUCUGUCGUAUCUCGACGCCUUGGCAGAACAUGUGUCGCAGCUGCAAGGAGAUGGCUGCCACGACGUGGACGGCAUGGCUAGGAACCGAACCGGGAGUAUUUUGCUUUGUGGUGACUUGUAA